CUAGUUCUCUGCGAGUGAGUGAGAUUGCGCUCAAGUGGCUCCUAUUGAUUGUAACCCAAUUCUGCUCCCAGUCGGGUGUUAAGUGCCGCUCGCUCUUCCAGCUCAACGGACCUCAGCGUUGCUCAGCAUGUUUUGUUUAUUUGUAGUUUUCAAUUGGGGAUGUUAGAUUUUCGGCCAAGGCGGAAGAUGUUAUAGAAGAUAAGGCUCAUUGGAGGGAUGACGUUGGACGAGAAAGUCUCUCGAAAUGGGCCAAAUGCGGGAUGAAAGCGUCGAGCAGGAAAUGCUCGGAGGAGGCCGAAAGGAUGAAGAAGACGAAGAUAUCGGCUACCGGUCCAGGCCUAGGAGAGCGAAUGGUUUCACAGAAUUUUGGAACAAGCUGGACAGCUGGGGCUCUAGAAGGAACAGGUACAACAAGAGAAAGAGCGCACCUCCGACACGAAGACGAACUCCGUCCGGUUUAUUGCAAACACGUAAGACUGAAAGGAGGAUCAAGGCAAAUGAUCGCCAAUUUAAUGCCCAAUUCAAAUAUGCCAAUAAUUACAUUAAGACAUCAAAAUACUCCCUGGCGACAUUCCUGCCUCUCAAUCUUUUUGAGCAAUUUCAGAGACUUGCAAAUUUUUAUUUCCUCUGUCUUAUGGUGUUACAAAUGAUAAAUGUAAUUUCAUCUUUGACACCCAUCACUACUGCCAUACCACUGAUCGGAGUCUUGUGUCUCACAGCCAUCAAAGAUGCUUACGAUGAUUACGAACGGCAUGCAAGUGAUGCACAAGUUAACAAUAGGGUGGCCUAUGCAAUAAGGGAUGGAAAACUUGUUCAGGGCAAAUGGUCUCAAGUACGGGUUGGUGAUAUAAUCAGGAUGGAAAAUGAUGAAUUUGUAGCGGCUGAUGUGCUCAUACUCAGCACGAGUGAACCAAAUGGCCUUUGUUUCAUUGAGACUGCAGAACUAGAUGGGGAAACAAAUUUAAAGUCAAGGCAAUGUCUCCAGGAAACGGCUGCAAUGGGACAAGAUGAAGAACAAAUUGCCGAUUUUGACGGGGAAAUUAUUUGUGAACCCCCUAACAAUUUGCUCAAUAAAUUUGAUGGGACUUUAACCUGGAAGGAGAAAAAGUACCCGCUGGAUAACGAUAAAAUUUUGUUAAGAGGUUGUAUACUUAGGAACACAGAUUGGUGCUACGGUGUUGUGAUAUUUGCUGGUAAAGACACCAAAUUAAUGCAAAACUCUGGCAAAACAAAAUUCAAGCGAACGAGUAUAGAUAAACUUUUAAAUUUUAUCAUUAUAGGGAUAGUAUUCUUCUUGAUUGCAAUAUGCCUGUUUUGCACUGUGGCAUGUGGAGUUUGGGAGACAAUGACUGGUAGAUAUUUCCAAGUCUAUCUACCUUGGGAUAAACUCGUACCAAGUGACCCGAUAGCUGGGGCUACAAUAAUAUCACUAUUAGUCUUCUUCUCGUAUGCCAUCGUGCUCAACACCGUCGUGCCAAUAUCGCUUUAUGUCAGCGUUGAAGUCAUAAGGCUUUUGCAAAGUUUUUUAAUUAAUUGGGAUGAGAAAAUGUAUUGCGAGAAACGAGGUAUAGCUGCCAAAGCAAGGACGACUACUCUCAACGAAGAACUCGGUCAGAUACAGUACAUAUUUUCUGACAAAACUGGAACAUUAACACAGAACAUUAUGACUUUUAAUAAAUGCUCAAUUGUUGGAACAUGUUAUGGAGAUGUUUUUGACAAACAAACUGGAGAAAUAAUUGAACCGAAUGAGUAUACCCCAAGGGUAGAUUUCUCAUUCAAUCUUGAUUAUGAACCAGACUUUGCAUUUUAUGAUCAAGCUCUUCUCGAUGCUGUCAAAGGCCAGAAGGACAAUGAUGUUGAUUUGUUCUUCAAAGUCCUUGCUCUUUGCCACACAGUAAUGCCAGCAGAAAGAGAUGGAAAACUUAUAUAUCAAGCACAAUCCCCAGAUGAAGCUGCUCUGGUUUCUGCAGCAAGAAAUUUUGGUUUUGUGUUUAGAGAACGUACACCCUACAGUAUUACAAUUGAGGUAUUGGGUAAAAAGGAGAUCCAUGAACUGCUGUGCAUCCUUGAUUUCAACAAUGUCAGGAAGCGAAUGUCAGUUAUUUUAAGGCACGAAGGAAAGUUAAGAUUGUAUUGUAAAGGAGCUGACAAUGUUGUGUAUGAACGGCUUCAAAGGGGCAACAACGAUGUCAAAAGAAUAACACAAGAACAUUUAAACAAAUUUGCUGGAGAUGGCCUUAGGACUUUAUGCUUAGCAGUAAGAGACUUAGACGAAGCGUAUUUCAACCUAUGGAAGCAAAGGCACCACGAGGCUGCUGUAGCUUUGGACAAUCGAGAUGAAAAAUUAGAUGCCAUUUAUGAAGAAAUUGAAAAUAAUUUAACUCUUAUUGGCGCUACUGCAAUUGAAGAUAAACUUCAAGAAGGUGUGCCUCAGACUGUCGCCAGUCUGAGUUCUGCUGGAAUUAAAAUAUGGGUACUGACAGGAGACAAACAAGAAACAGCGAUAAAUAUUGGAUAUUCAUGUCAAUUAUUAACUGAUGAAAUGGAAGUUAUGAUCGUCGAUGGGCACACUGUUGAAGAAGUGACAAAGCAGCUUGCAAAAUGCAGGGAUACUCUUUUGUUAGGGGGUCAUCCCAUGGCACAGCACAACAACAACUCGCACCCACCCAUUUCAAUAAUCACGUUAACCGAAAAUGGGUUGAAGCAUCAUAAUUCAGAGGAUGACACUAGUCUACUCUUUGCCCUUCUGAUAAAUGGUCAUUCAUUAGUUCAUGUUUUUCAUCCACAAGUAGAGAAAGUUUUUUUAGAAGUCAGCACCAUGUGCAAAUCUGUGAUAUGCUGUCGUGUGACACCUCUUCAAAAAGCGCUGGUCGUUGAAUUGAUUAAAAAAUCAAAAAAGGCUGUCACCCUUGCUAUAGGUGAUGGUGCGAAUGAUGUUUCUAUGAUAAAAGCCGCCCAUAUAGGAAUAGGUAUAAGUGGACUAGAGGGAAACCAAGCGAUGCUUGCAUCCGAUUAUUCUAUCGGACAAUUUAGGUUCCUAGAAAGAUUAUUGCUCGUACAUGGUCGUUGGUCAUACUACAGAAUGUGCAAAUUCUUGAGGUACUUCUUCUACAAAAAUUUUGCCUUUACUCUGUGCCACUUCUGGUAUGCAUUUUUCUGUGGUUUUUCUGCUCAGACGGUUUUUGACCCUAUGUUCAUAGCCGUGUACAAUCUUUUCUACACGUCUCUCCCCGUUCUGUCCAUCGGUAUCUUCGAUCAGGAUGUCAACGAUAAAAACAGCAUUGUAUAUCCUCAACUGUAUACGCCAGGACAUACAAAUUUACUCUUCAAUAAGCAGGAGUUCUUGAGAAGCGCAUUAUACGGCUUUUAUACAUCGUGCAUUUUAUUCCUCGUGCCAUACGGGACUUAUAAGGAUGAAGUUUCUCCAAGGGGCCAUGUGUUAUCUGACCAUAUGUUACUAGGAAGUGUUGUUGCCACAAUACUGGUAAUUGUAGUCACUGCACAGGUAGCACUCGAUACUUCAUAUUGGACUGUCUUUAACCAUAUUACAAUAUGGGGUUCUCUUGCUUGGUAUUUUAUACUAGACUAUUUUUAUAAUUAUGUAAUCGGAGGAAGCUAUGUAGGAUCCUUAACUACGGCAAUGUCAGAAUAUACAUUUUGGUUUACAACAGUGCUGACAGUUAUAGUUUUAUUAGUACCAGUCUUGGCAUGGCGAUUUUUCUUCAUAGAUGUAUUUCCCAGUCUAUCUGAUAGGGUUCGCCUGAAGCAGAGACUUGCCAGUAUCAGGUCUCGACAAAGUCAAGACAUAUUGCGUACGCCUUCCGCUCGUAAGACAAGACGGUCUGUGAGAUCUGGUUAUGCCUUCUCGCACCAGGAAGGCUUCGGAAGGCUGAUAACGUCUGGAAAAAUAAUGAGGAAGAUGCCCAAGUCAGAUUUUCUUGGGUUCAGCUCACCAGCUGUAAGAUCCAACAUAGACGUGAUUCCAUGACACGGGGAAGAGAGUGGGAGACAUUUGCCUCCAGUCAUCCCCAUGUAUUUGCCUUAAAUGGAAAAUGGAAGACUGGAAACUCUCACUCUCGUGAUAAAGUAUUCGACCAAAGAAUUUUACCUAAUUAAUUGUUUCUUAGUUUUCAUAAUGAAAGUAAAAGAAUAUUUAUUAAGACCAUGGACGCAAAAAAUCUUUCUGUGUCCAGAAUGAAUCAUGCAGUUAAUUAUUGCCUAAAUGAGCUCAGGAGAACUUUUAAAAACAUAGUGCUUUAAAUUGUGACAGGCAUAGUCCUAGUAUUUUAGGGUUAAUAACGUAUGUAAUAUUAGUAAUGUAAUGUUUACAAAACAAAUUAAAAACAUAUCUUUUUGUAAAGAAUUAUACUAAUUUUAUCAGUAAAUGUCAAUUGGAUUUUUUAAUUACAUAAACACCUACUGACAAUUCAUCUCAAACAGAAAAUUUAUAAACACUUCUUUAUUCAAAAAAGGAAAAAGUUACUUUAAAAUCCUGUAUAUUUUUAUAUAUUACUAAUAAAUUUAAAUGUAUCAAUUUUGUAAAGCAACGACAAUGUACAAAAACACAUUAUUUAAUAUAUAUAGACUUAAAAAGGUUUUAUAUAUGGAUACAUAUAAAAAAUAAUUUUGUUAAGACAAUGCCAAUGUUAGUUUAUAAAAGACUUUAUGAUUGUUAUAAGCUUUACAGGUUUAACAUGUGUACAAUUUACAUUUAGCGAUUAUAUGUAUUUUUGUAAAAUUUUUAUCAAGAAUUGUUUAUCUUUUAGGUUUAAACUUUAUCAUCAUAGCAUUAGCUGUUGGUUAUUUUAGUCAUUAAUUCAAAUCCGACCUACUAGUCAAUGUAUAAUUUAUUGAAAUGCUGUUUAUUUAUAAGCAAAUUAAAUGAUAUGGGUAUUUUCAAUUCAAAUCAAACAUAUCUUUAUUUAAAAUAAAUUGAAUAAUUAGGGUCUAUAAAUGUUAUGUCAAUUAUAAAUUCUAAACAAGAUAUCAUUUUAAUUUUAGUUUAUAUUAUGACUCUG